ACAUGAAGCCGGCCGCAAUCCAGUUGCUGUUCAUAGCAGUUCCUGCUGUUCUUUCAUUUCCUCUGUCCCAAACGCCAGUGCAGCAAAACAAUGACGGCUGGCUGUCCUACUUCAACUGGGAAAAUCAGGGCCCUGGCACUUAUUCUUUCGGCUACGAGAUAGAAGACCCGAAGACGGGCAACGUCCAGUUCAGGCACGAAGAGAAGUACCCGAACGGGACGGUCAGGGGCAAGUACGGCCUCGUCGAACCGGACGGCAACGUCAAAGUUGUACAUUAUACCGCCGACGAGUAUGGCUACAGGGCUAGGGUCGAGGACAGUUUGAGAGGAACCGUCAACCUCCCGUCACUGGAGACACCACUGUCGUCAAGCCAAGGUGGUCAAGGCGGAUAUUCACCGGAAUACGUCUCCGCAGUCGGCGCAACAAACACGCUUGGGCAGAACGUCCAAGAGCAGCACACUCCUCCUAAAUAUACCGACGGGCAGUAUUACGGAAAUUAUUAUGUGAACCAGCCUAGUUCUGGCCAAUAUUACGAUUAUUUCUUCAGAUCUAGAUAAUCUCAGAUUUAUUAAAUUAAUUUUUUUUCCAUUAUUUAAAGUUUAAGUUGCUCAAUUAAGUUACUAACAUUUUUUUUCUAUUUCCACUAGAUUUUUUGUGUUUGUAGUAUGUAAAAUUUGCUUUUUAAAAUCUGUUAAUUUAUAAUAAUUUGCUUCUAGAUUGGAAAACUGUGAUAUAUAUUUAUUUGAAUUAUUUACUUUUUAAAUAAUUUACUAUGUCAGUCAGAAAUAUGUUCACAUUAAAGGAAUCAAUAUUUGCAGUUUUUACAAAUAAAUGAAACAUUAAAA